AAGUUUGGGAAAAUUGAAGACAGGUGGGAACAGCAAAACAUUACACUGCAUGCACCACUUAGUUUAACAUCUCUCUCUCUCUCACCGCACGACAAGAAACAAAACAAGUACUCUACGUAGAAAGAAGAACAGAAAGAAACGAUGAAAAAGGAACAUAAGUUAUCUUUGUUGUUUCUCUCUUAUCUGUUCCAAUCGAAUCAAAGCAAUCACGUGACUCGCACGUCUCUAAAUAUAUAUCAUCUUUCUCUUCUUCAUCUUCUCAAACAUUCUCAAUUAGGUUUCCAUAUAUGGGGAAGAAGAGAAAAUCCAUAGCCACCACUCUCAUCGAUGAGGUUGAUCGAACGAUGUACGCCUCGUUUUGCAGUGCUGCUAAUUCUCUUUCGCAACUUCACAUGCAUGCUCUCAAUCACCAGAAACUCUCUUUUCAAGCUGGUCAACGACAUGGCCUCGAAAAACUUUAUCAGUGGAUUUGGAGACAGCAAGAGGGUGGAUCAAGAGUUGCAACAGUUGAUAUACUUAACUACAUUCAGAAUGAACUGGAUUAUUAUGGAGAGGAGCAAUCAGUAUCGCCUAGAGCACCACCACAACACCAACAGUUACAACCAGUAGUGCAUGUUGCUAAUUCUGGCUUUCCAGUAACAUCAGAUUCGUCUUGCCAACCAGUUACGGGGCAGCGGCUUCAGUCAGAGCACUGUGAUGAUCAACCCAAAAGUUUUGUGUUUUCAAACGCUUUGUCAAGCCCCGUUGGUCUAAGUCUUCAGCAUUAUCAAGUUGGUGAGGGAGGGAGCUACCUUAGUGGUCCCUCCUCUAUGGGGAAUAGAAACCAGAUUACAGAAUCCAGCUUUCUUCACCAGCAAGGCAGAGACUCUACUGUAUUCAGUUCCAACGAUUCAGCCAUGGACAUGCAUGCAGACUAGUCCUAUCUAAUGGUUUAUGUAGCGAAUCUUUUUGUUUGACCAUCAAUCAACAUUACUUGCAAAAGAAGUCAAUAGUCAUUUGAAAAUCUUUGUCUGGUUUUGCUCGUCACAUCCUACAAGUAGCAGCAGCACGGUGGAACUGGUUCAAUUAGUCUUACUAAUAUGCUCAUGUCAUCCGAGUGGUUAGUUUGAAUGUUAAAUGUUCUUUGUAAAGAUUUUUGUUAAGAUAGUUUAAAAUCAUUUGGAUUUGUAGCUUCAUUGUCUCCCCACCCCGCUUUAUCAAAGGCAACUAUAUCCGAAGUUUUCUAUGUAAAUCUGUACUUUCUGCAGUAGUUUUAUUAACAUAUGGAAUAAACUCUCCCAUUAGGCUCCAA